AUGGGUUCGUCAAGUUCCCCUAUGCUCGUCAACAAGGGCGUCCCAGGUAUCCCAUAUUUCACCCCUGCCCAUACUGCGGAUCCGGGUGCGCCGUUCACUGCAUCUCCCGAUACCCCGACACUGUUCACUCCUCUAAAGAUCCGUUCCAAGACACUGCGCAACCGCAUAAUAGUGGCACCGAUGUGCCAAUAUUCCACGGCUUCUUCGGGUCCAGAUAUUGGCAAGCUCACCGACUAUCACAUCGCAACGCUAGGCCAUUACGCCCUGAAGGGAGCGGCUUUAGUCUUCAUUGAAGCAACGGGCGUGCAGCCAAAUGGACGAAUUAGCCCCAACUGCCCCGGGCUAUGGAGUGACGCGCAGACUGAAGGCGUCAAACGCGUCUCGGACUUUGUCAGGUCGCAGGGUGCCCUGUCCGGGAUCCAGCUAGCUCACGCCGGACGAAAGUCAAGCACCAUGCCGCCGUGGCUGGCGUCAUCUGUCAAGAGACCGUCUGUCCGCGCGGACAAGGAUGCCGAUGGAUGGCCAGACGAUGUGGUAGGACCGAUGGGCGGGCCAGAGGAGAGCUGGGAUGGCAAAGGAUUAUCGCAGGAUGGCGGCUUUUGGCCUCCGAGGCAGUUGAGUGUGGAGGAGAUCCAAGGCGUGGUCAAGGCAUUUGCAGAGAGCGCGCGCAGAGCCGUGGAAGCCGGCAUCGACGUUAUUGAAAUCCACGCUGCUCAUGGCUAUCUGAUACAUCAAUUCCUCAGCCCCAUCACAAAUAGGCGCACCGACCAGUACGGCGGCAGCUUCGAGAAUCGCACACGCAUGCUGGUUGAGGUCAUCAAAGCAGUCCGGGCGCACAUACCACAAGAUAUGCCUCUGUUCUUGCGGGUCAGUUCCACGGAGUGGAUGGAGGAGACGGACUUGGGGAAGCAGCUUGGAAGCUGGGAUGUGGAAAACACGAUGAAACUGGCUCGUCUACUUCCUGGGUUGGGGGUGGAUCUUCUCGACGUCAGCAGUGGCGGGAAUCACCCUCGGCAGCGCAUCAACAUGUUUUCGUCCAAGGACUAUCAGACCAAGAUCGCGCACCAGAUCCGACAGGUGAUGAAGGCAAACCACCUGAAGUUGCUGAUUGGCGCCGUGGGUCUGAUCACGGAAGCCGAGCAAGCAAGAGACAUUGUUGACGACAAAGGAUCGGACAAGAGUAUCGGAGAGGAAGCCAACGCCGCAAAGGAGAUGACAGAUGCUAAAGGUGGCAAGGAGCCGAUGGCAGAUGUUAUUCUUGUGGCGAGACAAUUUAUGAGAGAGCCGGAGUGGGUGUUGAAGGUGGGUUGGAAGUUGGGUGUUGACGUCGCCUGGCCCAGCCAAUUCCUAAGAGUGAGGUUUCCGAAGCUGUAA